AUGCAAGUGUUGAAAGGUGGUGCGAUAUUGAUCGUAACUGUAAGCUUCUUCCUAAUAACGUCAUCAAUGGCUGUUAUUCGUGAAGAUCAGUUUUCGAUUGGAGUCAAGAGAAGGGUCCCAAGAGGCUCCGAUCCUAUACAUAAUUCUCAUCAUCAUUUGGUUGGAGUCGAGAGAAAAGAUCAAUUUUCGAUUGGAGUCAAGAGAAAGGUCCCAACAGGUCCCGAUCCUCUACAUAAUGCUCCUGAGCCCUCACCAUCCGUUACUAUAACAUCGUCAUUUGAUUGGAGUCGAGAAAAAAUUCUCGAGCGGUCUGGAUCCCAAACAUAA